AUGCCAAGUCUUGAACGUGAGCUCGUAAAUGGUUUGGGCAAAUCGGGGGUACCCACAUUAGUCAACAAGUGCAUCCAUGAUGCCAUCUCGGAGAAUGUUGUCACUCGUGGCAACGAAAUAGCCAUCGAUGCCUGGGACGACACUCUAUCUUUCCUUGAGCUCGAGCAACUAUCAACCAAACUCGCCAACCGCCUAGUAGAGCUUGGUGUAGGAAAAGAGAGUCUCGUCCCUCUCUGCUUCGAGAAAUCAGCAUGGGCUAUUAUCAGCAUGUUAGCGGUAUUGAAGGCCGGGGGAGCCUUCGUACCCCUGAAUGGAACUCAUCCCCGCCAUCGUCUCGCUGAGAUUGUUGAGGACACCCGCACAUCCGUGGUGGUAACUUCAGUGAACUGGCACCCCACCUUAUCUGGUCUGGCUGCAACAACUCUCCCCGUUUCACGCCAAGAGAUCAACAAGCUCCCCGAGUCAUCCUCUACCCUCCCUCAAUCUUCGCCUAGCGACCUAGCUUACUCGAUAUUCACAUCGGGAAGCACGGGCAAGCCUAAGGGUGUCCUGAUCGAGCACAGGUCCUUCAUGUCCGGUGCGCUGAACUGGGGCCAGAAGUUCCACCUCGGACCGGAUACCCGCUUCUUUCAAUUCUGUCAGCUUACUUUCGAUGUAAGCAUAAUGGAGAUAUUCUCCAGUCUCAUCUUCGGCGGUCGUAUCUGCAUCCCCGAAGAGAAUGACAUUUACGGCAACAUCCAACAGCCAUUAGCUCGUACGCGAGCGACGCACCUUUCGUGUGCACCGAGCUAUUUGCAACUAUUGUCACCCAGCAUGCUCUCUGACCUCCCAUACCUAAAGACCUUAAUUCUUACGGGGGAGAUGGUCCAUGGAGAUGUCGUUGCUGCGUGGGGACCCCACCUUGAGCUCCUUGUAGCUUACGGACCAACAGAGGCGAGCGUUUUCUCUUCCAUAACACCUGCGCUUAAGGCCGAAGACGCUAUUACCGGAUUAAUCGGCGAGCCUAACUCUUGCCAAUACUGGUUCGUCGACCCGGAGAACCGGAACAAAUUGGUCGAGGAUGGCGCCGUUGGUGAGAUGUUGAUCGAAGGACCAAUUGUUGCCAGGGGUUACCUCCACGAUGAAGAGAAGACCAAGAGCGCCUUCCUCACCGGGCUCGAGUGGGCUGAACCGUCGAGGCGCUUUUACGCCACCGGGGAUCUUGUCCGCAGGCGAGAGGAUGGUAGACUAGUUUGCCUUGGCCGAAAGGACAACCAAGUCAAGAUCAGAGGUAUCCGUAUCGAGACUAGUGAGAUCGAACACCACAUUCGAAACCACUGGGCGGAGCGUAAAUGGGCUGUGUGCGUCGACAAAGUCGAAUCUCGCGCCCUGGCUUCCGCCUUGGUUGCAUUUAUUAGCCUAGGGGAUUCGCAGGAUUCCACCGCCGCGCCCGCGAUCCAAUGGUGGAAGAUGCCCCAACUCCGACAACCUAUUUUCGAGGCCGACAAGGCGCUAAGAGAAUUGGUGCCCGAUAUCAUGGUACCCGCUCUAUUCGUUCCUCUUCAGCGCUUCCCUUCUACCACUAGUGGAAAGGUUGAUAGGAAGGUACUUCGAGAACUCGGCCAGUCCCUUAACGAGGAACAACUUCACUUCCUUAUGAAGGCCGAGGAGUCGACGACCUCUGAAUCAAAACCGACUGUCGCAGCCGCCAAGCCUCAACUUACUGAGACGGAAGCGCUGCUCGCUGAGGCCUGGGCCGAAGUACUUCGAUACCCAGGAACAAUCGGUCCGGAUGACAGCUUCUUCCGAUUGGGAGGAGACUCGAUCGCGACUAUCAAGCUCUCUGCGGCUGUUUACCGAAGGAACCUGACCCUUAACGCCACCACCAUCAUCCGAAACCCCAUAUUGAAAGACAUGGCGCUUAAGGCGAAGCAUGUCGAAACAAACGCCGAAAAAGCGCAAAACCAAGUCCCUCCCUUCUCGCUCGUAGGCGGACAGCAGGAUCCGUUGGUCCAGGGAUUGAUGCAGCAAUCUGCUGCUAUCAGCCAAGUUGCGCCUAGUGCAAUUGAAGACAUCUACCCUACCGUAGCUUUCCAAACCUUCACCAUGGCACAGUCCAUCACGAACUCGAACGGCUAUGUCAGUCAGUUCGUGUUUGAACUUCCCAAGGAUAUCGAUCUAUCCAAGUUCAAGAAAGCUUGGGUGGCCACUCUAAAGGGCGCUAAGAUCCUACGCACCCGGUGCUUACCGACCCUAGACCAAAAGGGAUUCGUUCAAGUCGUGUUGAAGGAAGACUUCCACAUGGACGUGCAUGAUGACCUCGCCAAAUACUUGGAAGAGGAUCGACAGGCUCCUAUGGCUCUUGGUCAACCAAUGAGUCGAUACGCUGUUGUCCUUGGCGAUAAGCCGACGUUCGUAUGGACUAUGCACCACGCUGUAUACGAUGCGUUCAUGGUGAACUUGAUUAUCGAUGCCGUGCGAACGUACUACCUUGGCGGUACUCCCCAGCCGUUCGUCCCAUUCAGCCAUUUCCUGAAGGGACCGAGCGAGGAGGAGAGUUUGACUAACUUGGGAUACUGGGGUGCAAGAAUGGCGAACGCGUCCAUCCCCAAGUUCCCCGAUGUCAAGGACCCGACGCGUCCCAUUUCUGCCGACGCGAUCGACGUCCACAACGUCGACAUCGCGCGAGACUUGAGCUCCAAAUUCUUCGUUUCAACCACAAUCCGUGCUGCGUUAGCCUUGACACUAGGUCAAUUGUCUGAGACGAAUGAUAUCCUCUUUAUCGAUGUUCUCAGUGGACGAGAUUCGUCGAUGGCGGGUAUUAACCGUGUCCUCGGACCCACUGGAACACCACUACCCCUCCGUAUUCAAAUUGACCCCACGACAACUGUCGAGUCGCUCCUUGAGACAGUACAACAAGAGACUCUCGACAGAAUGACGCAUCAACGCGUCAACCUGCUCGCCCUUAUGAGCGGCAUGGCCAACUUCCUACCCAAGACUAUCCUCGACGUCCGUCACUCAUCCACUCUGUCCUUCGGUAAUGAGCUCUUCAAGCAAGCCGACGUCAAGGAUGAAGGUGGCCAAGUUCUCGGUGUUCCACUACUCAUCGCCUGCGAUUUCGGUGAUGAGAAGAUUGAGAAGCUUGAGUUCCGAUGGGACAGCAACAUAAUUUCUAGCGAUGAGAUCGCUACCUUUAUCGUUACAUUCAAGGAGUACUUGGUUGAAUUGUCUAAGAAGGACCGGAGCGUGUCUUUGGAGAGCCUGCGACGGAUACUAUGA